AUGGUUCCCUUUAUGCUUUUAUUAAUUUAUAUAUAUAUAUAUAUUUUUUUGAAUAAUAUACAACAUAUGUGCUGCAUAAAACAUAUGUAUAGAAGCAAGAAUAUUAUAUUUUAUGGUAGAUGUAAAUCUUUAUUUUUAAAUAAUAAUAGAACAUUAUUUUUAAAUAAAAGAAGAAAUAUAAUAAUAAAUUCAAAGAAAGAUAUCGAAUUAAAUAAUUUAAACAUGGAUUUUUGUGAGGUCGAUUUAGAUGAAUUUUGUCAUAAACAAUUUGAUGAAAAAAAUAAAUCCUGUUCAUAUAUACCAUAUGAUAAAGAAAAAUUUAUUAUUAAAGUAAAUGAAUUAAUAAAAGAAAGAAAGAUAAAAGUAUUACCUGGAUAUGCAGAAUUUUGUAAACAUAUAUUUAUAGAAAACUUUACAGAUGCAACUAUAGAAACAAUGGAAAUAAAUAAUAAGAAUAGAGAUUUAAUUAAAACAGAUUAUAUAUCUAGAAGAGAUAAUGAAUUACCUGUAUUAGUUCGUUGGUUAUGUAAAAAAGAUAUAAAAGAUCAAAUAAUGAAAGCUAAAUAUCUAGAUCUUAUUUUAUAUUCUAAAGAUCAAAUAGAUAAAGAAAAUAAAGAAAUGAAAAAUAAACCAAAAAAUAUUUCCAAUUGUGAUUAUUCAAUUAUAUGUAUCAAAGCUCAAAAUGAAGAUUAUGAAUUACCUAUGACUCCAAUCACUAUGUUAAGAAAUACAUUAAUAACAGAAGGAGGAAGUGGAGUUCAUUUAAAUCGAGAAAAAUAUUUAGACUCAGUCAAAUACUGGCGUCACCAUGUAUCCAUAAUAGACAAUUAA